CGGAGUUGAGGCCCUUCGGGAUCCAGCCGGGAGGCGUCUGGCCCUCGGCUCGUCCGCUUUGGCGGCUUCAGCCUAGAGCCCGGCGUCACUCCCCGCGGGCCGUGCGCGCCUCUUCUGACGCCGUCGCGCACAGCACCGUGCAGGGUCAAAGACAGCCGGCCCCCCAUGUCAGUGGUCUAGGAUGGCCAGUGAAGCCACCAACAUCCCAAGUCCUGUGGUGCGCCAGAUUGACAAGCAGUUUCUGAUUUGCAGUAUAUGCCUGGAAAGAUACAAGAAUCCCAAGGUUCUCCCCUGUCUGCACACUUUCUGCGAGAGGUGCCUACAGAACUACAUCCCCGCCUACAGCUUAACCCUCUCCUGUCCGGUGUGCCGCCAGACCUCCAUCCUGCCCGAGAAGGGGGUGGCCGCGCUCCAGAACAACUUUUUCAUCACGAACCUGAUGGAUGUGCUUCAGCGAACUCCUGGCAGCAACGCCGAGGAGUCCUCUAUUCUGGAGACAGUCACUGCUGUGGCUGCAGGAAAGCCUCUGUCUUGCCCAAACCACGAUGGGAAUGUGAUGGACUUUUACUGCCAGUCCUGUGAGACCGCCAUGUGCCAAGAGUGCACAGAAGGGGAGCACGCGGAACACCCCACAGUCCCCCUCAAGGACGUGGUGGAGCAGCACAAGGCCUCCCUCCAGGUCCAGCUGGACGCUGUCAACAAAAGGCUCCCAGAAAUAGACUCUGCUCUUCAGUUCAUCUCAGAAAUCAUCCAUCAGUUAACCAACCAAAAGGCCAGCAUUGUGGAUGACAUCCAUUCCACCUUUGAUGAGCUCCAGAAGACUCUGAACGUGCGCAAAAGUGUGCUGCUUAUGGAGCUGGAAGUCAACUAUGGCCUCAAACACAAAGUCCUGCAGUCGCAGCUGGACACGCUGCUCGAGGGGCAGGAGAGCAUCAAGAGCUGCAGCACUUUCACGGCGCAAGCCCUCAACCACGGCACGGAGACGGAAGUGCUGCUCGUGAAGAAGCAGAUGAGCGAGAAGCUGAAUGAACUGGCAGACCAGGACUUCCCGCUGCACCCGCGAGAAAACGACCAGCUGGACUUCAUCGUGGAGACCGAGGGGCUCAAGAAGUCCAUCCAUAACCUGGGGACGAUCUUAACCACCAACGCCGUCGCCUCCGAGACGGUGGCCACGGGCGAGGGGCUGCGGCAGACCAUCAUCGGGCAGCCCAUGUCCGUCACCAUAACAACCAAGGACAAAGACGGCGAGCUGUGUAAAACCGGCAACGCCUACCUCACGGCGGAGCUGAGCACGCCCGACGGCAGCGUGGCUGACGGGGAGAUCCUGGACAACAAGAACGGCACGUACGAGUUCCUGUACACCGUGCAGAAGGAGGGCGACUUCACCCUGUCGCUGCGGCUCUACGACCAGCACAUCCGCGGCAGCCCGUUCAAGCUCAAGGUUAUCCGGUCGGCUGACGUGUCCCCCACCACUGAGGGCGUGAAGAGGCGCGUCAAGUCCCCGGGGAGCGGCCACGUGAAGCAGAAGGCGGUGAAGAGACCCGCCAGCAUGUACAGCACCGGCAAACGAAAAGAGAAUCCCAUCGAAGACGAUCUGAUCUUCCGAGUGGGUACUAAAGGAAGAAAUAAAGGAGAAUUUACAAAUCUUCAAGGGGUAGCUGCAUCUACAAGUGGAAAGAUAUUAAUUGCAGACAGUAACAACCAAUGUGUUCAGAUAUUUUCCAACGAUGGGCAGUUCAAAAGUCGCUUUGGCAUCCGGGGCCGCUCCCCCGGGCAGCUGCAGCGGCCCACGGGCGUCGCGGUACAUCCCAGUGGGGACAUAAUCAUUGCAGACUAUGAUAACAAAUGGGUUAGCAUCUUCUCUUCAGAUGGGAAGUUCAAGACAAAAAUUGGAUCAGGAAAGUUGAUGGGGCCCAAAGGCGUUUCUGUGGACCGCAACGGGCAUAUCAUCGUGGUGGAUAACAAGGCGUGCUGUGUGUUCAUCUUUCAGCCCAACGGGAAAAUAGUCACCAGGUUUGGUAGCCGAGGAAAUGGGGACAGGCAGUUUGCAGGUCCCCAUUUUGCAGCUGUAAAUAGCAAUAAUGAGAUUAUUGUUACAGAUUUCCAUAAUCAUUCUGUCAAGGUGUUUAAUCAGGAAGGAGAAUUCAUGUUGAAGUUUGGCUCGAAUGGAGAAGGAAAUGGGCAGUUUAAUGCCCCCACGGGGGUAGCGGUGGAUUCAAAUGGAAACAUCAUCGUAGCUGACUGGGGCAACAGCAGGAUCCAGGUUUUUGAUGGAAGCGGAUCGUUUUUGUCCUACAUUAACACCUCUGCUGACCCACUCUACGGCCCCCAAGGCCUGGCUCUCACUUCAGACGGCCACGUGGUGGUUGCAGACUCUGGAAACCACUGUUUCAAGGUCUAUCGGUACCUUCAGUAACAGUGGGCAGCUGGACACCCCUUACAAAGUUCUUACCCUAGAAACUGGAAUGGAUUUCUCGACGCAGGACCAGAUGAUACUAGACUUUACAUACUGGAAGGAAUCAUCGUGAACUUUCCAAGGUUAUUUCUGAAUGUAACGAUUUCCUUAAAAAAACUGCAUAUCUGAUUUCUGUAAUCCACACUUAGGGUUGAAGAAAAAGAAAUCUCUUCUACUGAAUCUGUAAAAAAAACAAAACAAAAAACUGCAAAGUUUUACUCCUGUGGACUAUGGCUUAUAGGACAGGGAUUUACAUAGUAAAACUAAUUUUGCAAGUCAAACAGGCAUUAAAAAAGCAACUAGAAUAUUUAAAGGUAUGUGUUAAUCCUGUGAGUGGUAGCUUUUGCGCAGAGCUUCCAAAAACAAGAUCGGUUAUAGUUAUAUAUUUUAUUUAACCUUGGUCACAAGACCCAGGGGAUCUUCUAACCUCACUUUUACAGUAGGUGUACCCUUGUGACAUUUUUUGGGGGGGGUUACCAAUCACUGCACAUAAAUUACUUUAGGAAAAAUAACUUUGUCUUGCAAAAUCCUCCCAUCUGGGAUUAGCAAGGCUCUUCCGUUUCGCACCUGAAAGUCAAUGCAAAUUCCCCAUCCUUUUUGAGUUGGAUCAGAGAUCUUCGUGUGUUUUUUUCACCUCUCCCCUGCUCACUUGGUAUCAAGAAAACAAAGUACAUUUUCAGGGAAACCUGAAAUCCCUAAUACUUUGAAAAGCCUAUUACAAUGGCGAUGCUACCUUCUGGUAAACCAUCAGCCCCGUGAACUCCAGAUUAACGCACUGAAAUGUCAUCAAGGAAAAGUCAGUCGCGUUGUCUGUGCCAUGUUCUCACCUGUGUCUCUCCUCUUCCACUUCAUGAAUGCAAAAGCUUUACCUCCUGCAAAACGUCAGCACGUGCAGUAGGACACCAGUAUCCUAGGACAGAGAGCCAUAAGCAGCCCUUUGGAGAACUGAUGGUGUCAACCAAAGACAUGUGAUUGCUUAACGGUUUCCCCUUAGAAAGCAAGUGUUACCAAAGUUGUGUUAUCUCGAAAGCAUUACAGGUAAGGGCAUGUUAUGGUUAUUUAUCGUCUAAUGACUAGUAGAGGCAUUAAAGGACUAUGUAUACAUGCUUAGGGUAAGGUAGAAUGUAUCAUAUAUAUAUAUAUAUAUCGUUGAAUCUUCGGUGUUUUAAAAUAGGCAGCACUCUGAAAGACAGAAGCAUCUUCAGCACAUUCCUUUACUGCACAGUUUAAAGCCGUCCGAGUAGAGCAAAGCCCUAAAGCAGAUUUAAUUUUUGCCAUUUUCCAGGAAUGCUGGUAUCAGCUGACUUUUUGUCAGAAAAUGGCCUUCUGUGCUUUCAAAAA